AUGGGCAAAUCAAAGCAGCAGGGAACGUUGAAGAAACAAUCGCCGGAGGGCCACGGAGGAUUGAUGCCCCCAAUGGAGGAUUCACUCCCUCGAAGUGGUCUCAAAGCGGCCAGGACAGGGCCGAGUCGCUUUUUCCUUCAAUCAUGCUUGCCUACAAGAGACGUCGUCAUCCAGAGGAAGAUCACAAUUCUCCUCCUAGACGCCAUGAGAGCUGACUUGCUGGUGGGCCAGAUCCAUGAUCCGUAG